AAGUGACAUCGUCGGUUGUUGACGGACCAGUGCCGCUGCAGCGGGUGCAUCACCGAGCGAGAGGUGCAUCGACUUCGAAACCUAUGUGCUGAGGCUCUGAACCUUCGAAUGCGACUCCCUGGCAGGUGCGAACGACGAGAUAUCAUACCUCUGGUGCGGUGCGAAACGUAAGAUGGAUCCAAGGGGCCCUCCUGAGGGGGCCCCUGGCCAUUCCUUCGAGAUAGCCACAUCCUUGAACAUCGACAGGGGAGUUGACACUUCGGUCAACUGGCCUACCGAUCACUCGUUCUCCUCGUCAUUGUACGAACAACCGAAGAAGCUGAACAACAACAGGCUCCUAUUUUUGACUGUGGAAUAUGUGGAGGACCAACCGCGAGACUAUUCCCGGUUGUUUCCCACGUACGAGCAGAUCUUCUCCCCGCGGGCAGCUUCCCCUCUGUCUGAAUUUGAGCAUCGUGUCAGCCCGUUCGACCCGAACAUGAGCUCAGCCGCUAGAUACUCCCCUACACCUGUCCAACUGCCGUCUUCGCCCUUUCACAAUUCCGUCGUUGUACUUCAGGGCCCAUCCUCUCCCUUGAUAUCUCAACCCGAACCAAAUAUGAGGACGAAUAUUAAUUAUGUAACUCAGCUGGCUCAUCAGUCGAUCGAUGCUCAAGCUGUAGCUCAGACGGAUGCUUCCACGGAUUUUGUCGACAAUGGGAACGAAGAAGGGCUGGUGUCUGGUGUCAACAGUGAAUUAAUUUUGAUGCAAGAAUCUGCACCCGAGUUGGAAUCUUCGUCGACUCCCUUGAUGUUAACGGGAAUAGCAGGCACAGACUUUGCUCUCAGCAGGGACUUUCUGGUGAUGCAGGACGAUCAAAUAAACGUCAUCAACACGUUCAAAAAUCAAAACAUGGAGAUAGAGGACAAUCAAUCGGAGGGUGUUUCAAUCUGUAACGCUCUGCCACCAGUAACGGAAGGUUUAAACAAGGAGGACAAUAAUGAAUCCGUGCUGGAAAUCUGUGACAAGGAAAUCCAGCAGAUCACCAAAGAGGCGCCUCCGUCUGAAAAGAAGAAAACUAUUGAGAAGAAAGACGUAAGGAGAUCCAAACGACGUAUAACGGACAAGAAAGACUUUUGGUGCGACGAAUAUGACGGUAACUGCGCCAAAGACGACAGCUGUAACUUGCACGACGUGUGCACUAUCGCGGAUCAACCGGUACCAUCGCGUGCUGUAGCAACACUGCCAGGAUCAUAUCUUUCGUUAAACAAACUAUCCACUUCGCACGCUGCAGCGGAUGGAGUGACUUACGGAGUAUUUACGAAGCGUGACAUCCGAAGACGCACACAAUUCGGGCCCAUAGAAGGCGUACUGUGCCCUUACGACGGCUCGUCAUUCGAAAAUGCUUUACCACUGCUCUACGAAACUGAGAGUGGCGAAUUCUUGAAAGUAGACGUCUCCAACGAGAACACUUCAAAUUGGAUGCGUUUCGUGCGACCAGCACUGACAUACAAAGAGCAGAACUUGAUAAUCUGUCAGCAGAAAGACGGAAUAGUGUUUCUGACUAACAGAAACAUCUCGCCAAAGGAAGAGCUGAAGGCAGGUCCUAGUCCUGACUAUGCGAUUCGCAGGAAUUUACCCAUACUCAGACCAGACACAAAAGACGAGAAAGAAAUCGCCAAUCAAACGCCCGCGUGGCCGCGCUUGGACGGCAACUUUUACAAUCGACGCGUAAAGGUGUUCCGCGGCAGGAACAUAAAAGAGAAGGAGAACUCGCAGCAGAACAAGCGCAAGGAGUGGAAAUGUUCCGCCUGCAGCCUCUUCUUCAGGAAGUCGUCUCUGCUUAGUUUGCACGCGCUCGUCCACCUGUCCAGCGAGAUCAAAAUCGAGAAUCAAAACUCCACGUGUCCGCAGUGCGGAUCGGAAUUCCACAAGCAGAGCGAGCUGGCGAAUCACGUGUCUCAGCACGGGCGUACGGUGCCGCCCAAGGCGAAGAGAUUAACUCCCUUACGUAGGUACAAGUGUUCAAAGUGUUACAAGCGUUUUACUACGAAGAUACGAUUACAACAGCACUUGUUGACGCAUGGUGCUGAGGACCAAAAACCACUGCCGUGCAAUAUCUGCUUGAAGCGAUUUAUGAAUAACUCCGCGUUGUCCUGUCAUCUGAAAACGCAUAAAGAGAACAAGCAAGUCUUCGAGUGCCCGAUGUGCAGGCAGCUGUUUUGCCAAGGCGCGAUGCUGAAGGAUCACAUUGAGACGCACAGAAAUCAGGACGGUAUAUUCAACUGCCCUCACUGCCAGCGAACGUUCAUUAAAUACUCGGUUAUUCGCAAACAUAUCCGGGCGCAUCAUUACGAGAGGAAGCACAAGUGUCAGCACUGCGCGAAGCAUUUCCCAUCGGUCGACAAAUUGCGCUUGCACCUGCUGAAACACUCAGACCACAGGGAGUUUCAUUGUGCGAACUGCGGUAGACGGUUUAAGAGGAAGGACAAGUUGAAGGAACACAUGACUAAGAUACAUAGCCCGCAAACGGGCGAGGAACAAAUGACACAGAAGAAAUUUGUGCCAAAGGUGAAUCCGAAUGAUUACAAUCGCUUCAUUUUCAAAUGUCAUCAAUGCCUGGUGGGUUUCAAGCGCAGGGGGAUGCUGGUGAAUCACCUAGCAAAGCGGCAUCCCGACGUCGCUCCGGAGUCUGUGCCAGAAUUAAAUUUACCGAUUCUGCGGCAAACCAGAGACUACUACUGCCAAUAUUGCGACAAGGUGUCGUUUCGUCGGACAGAUUUGUACAUAAGCGAAGAAAUGAAAUUAUUGUCGCUUCACACAUGUGUGUGCUUUCAGGUUUACAAGAGUAGCAGCAAACGUAAAGCGCAUAUUAUGAAAAACCAUCCGGGCGCAGCAUUGCCGCCCAGUAACCGGCAAAAGGAGUCGGAAUUCUCGGGGCUACCGAAUCCAAGCUUCAGCCAAGCGGUGGGCAGCAUCACUACCACUCCUCAGAAUUGCCAGUGGUGUCACAAACAGUAUGCCAGCAAAGCGAAGCUACUGCAACACCAGCGCAAGAAGCACGCGCACCUGAUGGAGCCGGCGGAUCAGAUACCGCGUUCGCGAAACCGGCCGCCGCAGAAUCAAAAUCAACCGCCCGCGCUCGCCAACAACUACGUGAUAUCCGACUACCUGCAAGGGUGCGACUUGGACGGGGAUUUUCUCAAGCAGAAGAUAAUCAAAAUCUCGAGCGACGUUGAUCUGAUAAGUAACGGCAUGGAGGUCGGAGUCAGCCAGCAGUUUGUGCGUAUGCGCGACAUACGCUGAAGAGAGGUGCGGCGUCCCCGUCCACGGGGAUGAGCAUCCGCCAAUUUAUCGAGAUAUGAAUCUCGCGACCUUUGUACGCAGCCCAGGCUGGCUGCGAAUUUUUUGGCUGCCGUUACCAAAUCGGGACGACGCCGCCUGGGCGAAGCGAUGGCGGCGGAGCGUCUCGCCUGAGAAUAUUUGGGACGCGGCUUUGUCGGCGCCGGUGCGAAACACUCGGCGCUGUUUUGUUGGUCGUUGUACGCUGGUCGAUCGACAAGCGACGGUUACCGAUGAUAAGAAAAAUAGUGACUUGUUGGCAGAUUUGUUGGAGAAACGGAGCAUGCAGUUUUAAGAGAUUUAUUUUGACACCGAGCCUCGGCACGGAAAUGAAAAGAAAAAACGGAAAGAAAAGCACAACGUCUAAGCACGUCGGCUGGAAGAACUUCAGAAGGGGGAGGCUCGAGGGAAUCCACUUGCGACGAAGAAUACCGUAGUCUCGUACAAUUGUUGAGAACUUUCCUUCAAGUACUGACCCUUUAAGUGUGGGAGCAACGCGACAAGAAUAAAAACUUAAGGUUUAGAGAUAGAAACUUGAGGUGAUAAAACCCACAACCCGAAGCUGUUGCUGAAACAAGCCGAGAGAGAGAGAGAGAGAGAGAGAAUAAACGUACAGAUAGGCAAAGUUUUUGAAUGCCGAUAGUUCUUAGCGAACUCCGAGCGCAUGUAUGCGUUCUCACAGCACUCAAAGGGUCAAGGAUACCGAGCAUAAAGCAAAAAAUAAAAAAAAUAAAAAAAAAGGUAGAACGAGUCCUGGUACUAUCGACACGUCCUUUACGCUAGGGCCUGGUAGUUACUUUUAAAAAUCUAUUACCAAGCUUAAAUCCGAUGUCAUUCGAGUGUGAAGUAGAUGGACCAAAUUUAAGCUUCAAGUUUGAGAGCGAUGUUUAAGCCCAGCUUAAAUUUGAUCGGCGGCAGCGAGUCCGCCGCGCGUCUUAGAACGGCGUGACUUCUUCUUCCGUACGACGGUGAUAUAUUGCGUUGGACAGCGACUCAAUCGCUCGAUGAGUAAUGUUACAAAAGGGUCAUUGUUCGCGACGCGCAUUUGGCUUCAUUCGACAGAGCGAUUGUCUGUAGAUUACGUGAAAGCCUGCAGUAAAUCUCUGCAGGUGAUCGUCCAUUUCACUUUUGCUCUCUAUCUCUCACUAUCUCUUUCUCUCGCAAUUCCAAGAUCUCGUCGUCAAACGCUUGCGUCUACCGUAUCUCAUUUUAGAGUAAUGUACGGAUGUACACGCGUCCUUAGAUCUCCAACGUACCGUUUUCACGUAAUCGUUCCGUAUAAUCGCCGGUCUCAUCCACAUUUUAUAAAUCUAGCGUUCACACCAAGCAGCCGAAGGAGAAACAGCCCGUUCGAAAUCGUCGAGAGAAAUGUCCGAUUGAAAUCGACGCGCACGGUACUGUAGUUACGUAGACAAGAGGACACCUCCGUCCUCGUCGACUUUGCGACGCAGCAGGUGUAACGUACGUGUAUUUUAAGCUGUAUAUCCGGCUACGCGUCACUCACACGUACAACACACGCAUACACACGGUACAAGAGAGAGAGAGAGAGAGAGCGAGCGCGAGUUUCCGCGAUUGUGUCCAAUAUUGUGUAUUCCGCAACGUCCGAGCUCGGAAUAAUUGUGACCGCCUUUCCGAAACAGAAAAGAAGCCCCAUCCGGUGUGUAUGUCGUAAAACGACCGCGCGGACAAUUUUCACACUCGGAGAGAUUUAUCGAGAGAACGAAACGACGUUGAAUUUAUUUUACACGCGGUAUAUACACACGACGUACAGAGUUUAUCGCAACAAUACGAGGACGAGAGAUUGCAUGUUUGUCGAUGUCGUUGAGUACACACGGAGGACUGUACUGUAAACAGAUAAUGACUUCAAUAAAGUUAUUCGAUGAGCGAUACGA